GUGAUUUUAGUAAAUGUCACUUUUUGUCAUUUUCAAAUUUCCCACCAUUCCAUCCCCGUACCUCCCGACACUCGCAGGGGAUGAACCCAGAGGACAGAUGCCGGCAUCCGCCGGAUUACAUUGCCGGGGACACUGCAGGAGGGACAUCGCGGGAGAGCAGGACAAGGUAAGUGAUUGAGGGAUCGCAAAGCAGCACCGCAUGGUAUUCCCGAGUGUAGCUCGGGGUUACCGCUUGUGGUACUGAAAUUUUACCCCGAGCUACACUCGGGAAUACCGCCAGGGAGGUUAAAUAAGAGACAUAGGGGUUGAUUUACUAAAACUGCAACACUGUAUAGAAACCAAUCAGCUUCCAGUUUUUUUUUGUCAUAGCUUAAUUGAACAAGCUGAAGUUGGAAGUUGAUUGGCUACCAU